UUUUAGCUCAUAUAAUUCCCCAGUUUUCCACUCUAUCUAAACAGUGUCUCCUCAAUUUUAAAACGAAUAAAGCUUAAAAUCACUUCAACCAAAUUUUGCUUAGUGCAAUUGGGGUUACACAAAUGGCGGUUCAAUCAUCACACACUGCAUUUUCUUUUCUCUCACCUCUUCGGUCUCACUCAAUCGUCCCGGAGACCAGUUUGCUUAGCUUCAAGCCUUCUCUCGUCGGAUAUCCUUUCACAGCAACCAAUCGUCGCCGACCGUUCAUUAUCACAGUCUCUUCCAAAUCCAACAAUGAACUCUCAGUUGAUAAGAAAAGGCAGUUACUUGAACAAUACGGGCUAAAUCCGGAUGAGUUCUUAUCUGAACCAUCUCCAAAGACAAAGAAGAGAAGAGAACAAUCCAAGAGCGGAACCGGAAAACAGGUCCUAGUAGAAGAACCUAAGCCUCCACGGGAGACACAUAAAUUGCUUCAGGUUGUUGGGGGGACGGCUCGAAGGAAGAAAUUGCUCUCACCAAAGAGCAUGGAUGUGCGUCCCAUGAUGGAAGUUGUAAAAGCUGCUGCAUUUGGUAUUUUGCAAGCAGCCGGUGGUUGCCCUGCAUCUUUGAGGCCUGGCCGUUGGUUGGACCUAUAUAGUGGGACAGGAUCAGUUGGUAUAGAAGCCAUCAGCCGAGGGUGUUCUGAGGUGCAUUUUGUUGAGAUGGACCCUUGGGUUGUCUCAGAUGUUCUCCGGCCUAAUUUAGAAUGGACUGGUUUCCUUGAUGCGUCUGUCAUACAUACUGUCCGUGUUGAAAGCUUCUUGGAGCGUGCAGAACAUUUUCUUGGUGAAGAUGGGAGCUUUGAUUAUAUUAGUGUUACACCACCAUAUGCUGUUGUUGAUUACAGUAUAUUAAUGGAUCAAAUUUCAAAAUCAUCAAUAGUGGGAGAGAAUACAUUUAUACUGGUGGAGUACCCUUUCAGAACUGACAUGCUGGAUUCGUGCGGUUGCCUUGUUAAGAUAUCUGAUCGGCGGUUUGGUCGAACGCAUUUGGCAAUAUAUGGACCAAAGUGGGCACUGAAGAAGAAAUAUGUAGAGAAGACAAAGAGAAAGCAGGAAAAGCUGGAUUUGCUUAGGGAAGUGGAGAUUUCGGCAUCGUAAAUUUAGCUAAUGAGGAUCGCAUAACACAUCUUAUAGUCAAGAGAGGGUGUAAAAUGAUGUCAGACAGUUGAUUGCCCCAGUUCUCACCAUUUACUUACAUGGUCAAUUUCUUCUUGGGGGAAUUCUGCAUCACCUAGCUCCCCCAUUUGUAUGCCGUACUUGACUCAGUCAUAAUGCACAUCCAUCCGUAAGAAGGCAUCACUGAGUUUUCUGCAGGAUUUUGCUAGUAAAUGUAGAUAUAUAUUAGUCUUACUUAUUUUACACCUAAUGGAUUUCUAAGGUGACAUUUAUAUGCCAUACCUUGCUUAUCCUUGCCUUGGUUGACAUGCAUUACAUUAUUAUGCUAAUGGAGAAUGCCGAAGCAAAGUGUUGAUCUGAUCCCCAUGAAUUUCGUCCAGCAUUCUCUUUUCAACAUCAAAUCGAAGUUGUAUAUGGAAAAACUGGUGUAUUUUUCGAAUUUUUGAAUUAAAAAGCUGGAUAAGGAGCA